CAGUGAUAAUUCUCUUCGCCUGCAUGUAUUAUUAUACAAUGCGUACUGCGGUGUACUGCGCCUGUACUGCGCGCGUUUCUGAAGAGCACUUCGGCAAAACUCGGCCUUCUCUCUCGGUAAAUUUCGCUUCCCCUUGGUGCCACACUGAACUCUUGAUCGGAUCUGACAGCUCACGCACGAUAGCUCACGAGACCGAAGGUGGCUGUGGAGGCGAUGCGCUUGUGACUGUGACCGCCCUAGUCUUCUGUGACUGCUGUGCGUUUAUUGCAGGUUUGGUCAUGUAGCCGGAGAAGAAGAAUAUGAGAAGUUAAUUUUUGAAAGAGCCAUCGCUUGUUUGUUUCCGUCACAUUCCUGUGUGAAAAUGCUCGUGAAAUGCGGUGUGUUCAGAGUGUCAAGCAUUUUCAGGUUCAGCAUUUCUGAGUGAUACCUGGAAUCGGUUAAGCUCGAAAUAGUUGGGGAAAUAGUUAAAUCUUAAUCAUGUUCGAGUGGGCGUACAGCGGAGUUAAUUCUUCAGUGCCGGGGAACGGUGGUCCAGAAUGUGCGGCGUACGUUUCAUCGACGAGGAAGUUAAUAGAAACUGUUAUAACGCUCUGUUUAUCUUGUGUUCUCGUGACAUGGGGAUACCGUCGUCUUUCAGAGCCAGAAAUCAAAGCGUAUGUCAGAAGGGACAGAGGAGGCAAAAGGUUACUUCUCAUUCUCAUGUCAUUAAUUUGGGGAAUGGAAAUAGGAUUUAAAUUGGCUUCGCAAACUGUGAUAUAUCUCCUGAAUCCUUGUCAUGUAACAACAGCAAUUCAGAUCUAUCUGUUAGCAGCUCCACCAAGUAAGCAAGUAUCGUAUGUAUUCAGAAUUCAUCUGAAUUUUUUAAAUGGAGCAGUGUUGGCGUUUUUAUUUCCUGUAACCGAUUCAAGGAUUCUUCCAUUUGAAACUUCAAUAUACUGGAUUCAGCACAGCAUGAUGAUGGUUGUGCCUUACUACCUUCUGAGGCUUGGAGGAGUAUACAAUGUUGAAAAACUGUCGGAUUUCAGUUGGUGUGUCAUGUCUUUUGGCUUGAAUCUUGCGUAUCACUUCGGUUUCCUUCAAUUAUUUGCUAUUCCUUCUCAAGUGAAUCUCAACAAUAUGCUGUGUCCGGCUCCGUCCGAUCCGUUUGCUGGCUCAUACUACAGAGUGUUUGCUGUAUUACACCAAGCUGCUCUCUGUCCUCUUACUUGCAAGUUGUACUGUUGGAUAUCAGCAUUUUUUCUUACAAAGUUUGGACCUACACGGGUCAAGAGGGAUCUAAGCUCUGAUGUAACACUUUCAUGCAUGCAGAAUGCAGAAUUACCAUCACCUCAAGUUCACUACCCUGAAGCUAACAACAUAUCCACAAAGGAUGCUCAUGUUCAUAAUGAAUAAUUACUGAAUACUAACUGAACAAUUUGGCAGAUUUACUCACAGUAUUGAAAACAAUUUUUUAAAUAGAUUGAAGUGAAAUUAAGUUUUGUCAUUCCAAAGCAUUCAUUCCAUUAGUACUGGGUACUGGGAGUUUACCAUACAGUUGAUACAUUCUGUUGACUACUUGAUCUAAAAAAAGUUAAUGUACAAGUACAGUAAUACUUAUUAAUCUAUUUGCCAUUCUCAUUAACGCAUUUUCACUGCAAAAUUUUCACAUUCUUUUGGUUAGAUGGUUAUGUCGACUUUUGUGCAAAACAUAAAACAAAAUGUUCAAAGUACUAGUAAAAAUAUAAAUGGUUUUAGUCUGGUUUCUUUGAGAACAGUCAGUUGAAGAGAUGUCUGUGAUACGCAGAGGCCCUGUCGUUUUAUAAAUAUUGAGGUAUUAUGAAGUUGCAAGUUAAUUGUUCUGUUGCUUGAACUUAGUGUAUAGUUGUUCUGCCCCAAAGGCUGCUUGCCUGAAUAUGUAUAUGGGGAAUUUUGCUGUAUAUUAGAACAUGAGUAUUAGUACACUAUUUUUACCAUGUUGCUGCAAGGUCUUUAUAAGUGCCCUUACUACCUUCUCUUGCACUUUGCAGGCAGCUUCACAUUCAAAGUGUGACUCAUACUGGCAUACUUAGCUAUUAGAAUCUUCAUUUGUAUGUGAUACACGAUUGCCAAAAUCGUUUAAAGCUUUUUAAGCUAUUCUUAUUUAUUAACAUUAGGAGAUGAAGAGGCUUAAUACUGUGGGCAUCUGGAAACUAUUGUUGAGGAGAAUUACUAUGAAUUAUGUUCUUGGAAUCGCUGGAGUGCACAUUGGUGCAUCAUUUUUAUUCUGAAAACUACAUAUUGAAUUAUCACAGAACUCCAGUUUGUUAUUUGCGAUUUGAAUGAAGCGGACCAUUUGAAAUAUAAUUUUUCUAAUCCCACCAAAAUGUAAUAAAAGUAAUACAAGACUUGAAAUGUCAUUAUACGCCAAUAUCAGUCAGUUAAUACAAAGGUUUAUUACAAUAGUAUAUAUUCCAGUAUUACUGUAGAAUAGUGUUGAGUAGCAAACUAGAGGUGUAUUGGUAAUUUUAUGGUAAAAUGUUUACCAUUAUAACACAUUCCAUAUUUGAGCCAUUAAUUGAUUUGGCAAAAAAAGAAUGUGAAGUGUGGUGAAAUAAAGAACUAGUCAUGAUAUUUUAAGUUGUAGUUUAAAUGAAACAAGCACUCUUUAAAAGUAGAUUGGGUUUUUUUUCUCUGCAGGAUGUUUGGAUUUUUAUUAUUUUACUAAUACGAGACAACCUUGGGUUUUGUUUCCAAAUUUGUAUAUCUUCCUUUGCAGUACCUUAAUUUUUUGUGAUAAAUUAUUGUAGGCCAUUAAAUGUUAGAAUUGAAAUGUUUUGAGUUCUAAUAUUAUAGAAGAAGAUUGCCAUUGAUAUUGUAAUAUAGAAUUAUCACAAAAUAGGUAGUUGUUAGAAUUAAUGGGAGUAGCAUGUGUCUAUAUUUUGUUUUGUUUUGAUUGAUCAGCAUUCGUCUUGUUUUUAAGUUUUAUUAGUGUGAUCGUUAAACUUGUAUACAGCCUAUAUUGAUUCUGCUGUUGUGUAUGGUAUUCAAAACAUUUUACCUUUUGGGAGAGACUAUAUUCUUGUCAAAAUGAUUGUCAUCCUUAUAAUUGUUGCUUGUUAUGAGAAAACCGCACUCUGUGAUAGUACACACUUAUUUAAAGCAGUGCUAAUGGUGUCCUGCUUAUAAAUAUGGUGUGAAGGAUAAGUUUAAGAUCUGGGCUGUGAAAGGAAAUGGUAUGGAUACUUGAGGAUACUUGAGGAUGGGAUACCAGAAAUUCAGAGACUAGCUUUAAAUGGUACAAUUUUCUAUUUUUUUGCUUUUACUUUCAUUUGAUACUAUUGUAUACAAUUAUUUCUCGAUAAUUUGCUUGUAGAGAUCCGUCUCAAGUUGCUUAUUUGCUCUCUCCACUAUUCAGAAAAUUGUGUAUUUGUUGAAUUGCCCAUUUAGUUUCCGAAUAUACAAAUACAAAAUAUACAAAUUGUUCCUUAUAAUUUAAUUACUUAAAUUUUCUAGUCGGAGAACAAUUUUGCUUUUAAUAUUGAGCUGCUUUAGAGUAACAGCAUAUUUCAUUUAUUUCAGUAUGAUCUUAUGGUUUGAAUCUUUCAAUUAGAAAUACUUUUGUAAUGUAUUGAUCUCAUUUUUCUUGCUAUAUCAUCACUGUGUUGUGUCUUCACUUUCAGCUGUUUACUGAGAUGGCCUACAUUGAGAAUUGAGAUACACAUUACAUAUCACUGACAGUAGCAAUACAUGAAGUUUGUAAGAUACCUCAAGAACAGCAAAUGAAAUUGAAACAUUGUGACUAAAUGAUAAUCUAAAUAUUCAUGUAUUAGAGUAUUCAAAAGUCUAUUAAAAAAGUCAGAUAUCUAAAUACAAUGGGGGUCAAGGAGAUAAAUUUGAAGUACAAAAUUUCAAAAAUAUAUUCAAAAAAGUUAUUUUCGUGAUUUUUCUCUGAUUAUUUUGUGCACUUUUGUAUAUUAUAAUGUGUUGAUAUCAGUUGCAUUGGUCUGAAACCAGUUUCUCUUGUUCAGAGCGUUGAUCUAAUCUGAUCUGAUGGAUACAGGAUAUUUGAAUAGUGAACCAUGUUGCAAUUCUUUAUGAUCAUUGCAUGUCCUUCCAACUGAGAAGGAGACAAUCACAGAAAGUAUAUAGCAGGAUUAUAUUGAUGUUUUAUAUAUAUUCAAAAGCAAUAAUUGUCAGAUCUCUAUAGGUUUUGCGUAGUGGUAGACCUUAGGAAUAUUUUACUAGAGGUGAAAUAAUGUGACGAAUCGAAAGAACACAUGAUUUUAUUACACUUUGUUGAUCCGAGCCAGGCUGUCAGUACAGAAACAGUGGCAGUCACAGCACUUGUGCUGUAAUUUAGAAAGUAUUUGUUUUUGUUUCACUUCAGUAAUGAAAUAGCAAGUAACAGGGAAGGCAAGAACAGAAAUGAAGUUUUAAUUGAUACCACUUAAUUCGUUGAUUUUUUAAAAAACGGUAUUUGAAAGACAUUUAAAGAUCUUAUUAACAAAAUCUGGGAGAUACGAUUGCAAAUGAAUACAUUAUUCUGAUGAUUUGGGCCAUUAAAAUAACAGUAAAUUAAUAACUUAACAGUAUUCAUUUAUAAAAUAGAAUAAAUUACAUUACUGUAUGCAGUGGUUCCAAAAAUGCUUACAAAAUAUCUGUUUUAGAAACAAUGAACUGGUCAUCUUAAUUUCCUUUUUUUUUAAAAAAAAAAGAAAAGAAAAUGGGCCUAAUAUUUAUGGGUGCUUAGGAAUUAACUUUGAAUGUAAUUCUUAUAUGCAGUUACUAUAAUCUUUUGUAGUAUUUAUUGAGAUGUGUAAAAUUUAACAUAUGUGAAGUUCGUAUCUACUUCUUUGGAGUUUAGCUAGUCCAAAAGCUAGCAGUGUAUUAUAAUUUUUAUCCCAUCAGUAUUUUUCAUUGGUAAAUCCAGUAGGUAGUUUCCUGACCAACAGUUGUAAGUGAUUUCUGUGUACUGUGUCCUGUUAUAAUUUUUUUAAAGAGAUUUUUGCUUCCUUAUAAAAAUGUUACUUUAUCUAUUCAGAAAACAUGAUUUCUUUGUGAGAGCCAAUGAGAGAAUGUCAAUAUUUUCCAAAAUGUAAAGCAGAAAGUUUGAGGUUCUCUGGCAAUAUUAACAAUUAUUGCAUCUUUUAAUACAGUGAUAGAUGAAAUUGUGUGCAGCUUAGGAGAUCCUACCUUCAGCACUAGUUUAGAAUACUGAAUUUAAAAUGUGAAAUGCUUCUCUCGAAGAAGGAGCUCAUUUUGAACUCGUGAGAAGUUAUUCUUGAAGAGAAGGCAGUAUUUUAUUUCUGUUGAAAUAAAUUGAAAAAGUUUUUAACACUAUUAAACAUAUUAUAAUAGUGUUUCCUAUUCAAGAGCAAAUGCUGUUGCCCUCUUCUGUAUUAAGAAAUCACAAUGCCUAUUAUUGUAGGCUACAGAACCUCUUCAAACAUUUGCUCAAGUGAAGUGAAGUGAAGUGAUGGGAUUGUAUGGUUGUUGUUACAUAAGUGUGUAGCAAUGCUGUAGGAUGCAAAGCAGUGCAGUUUCAAUAUCAAAGGGUGCCUUUAGUGCAUCUACACUCAAAUGCAUCAAUUUUUCAUCUCUCAAAUUCACUGUUCCUUCUGAUUUCUACUAUUCAAUACAUUAAAUAUUUGACAUCUUAUCUCUUAAAAUAUUCACAUCUUUCAAAGUUUUACCUCUAAAAACAUAGAUUCUGAGUAAACUAGUAUUGAUAUUUGUUCAAAACCUGUUUUUCCUGUAUAACUUAAUAGUUGAUAGCAAGUGAUUUUGUAAACUUCCACAUGUAGUUUUUCCUGCAUUAUGUAAUGGAAUAAUAUUAUGAGGACCAGUUUAAAGUUGCUAAAACAGAAAAUGCCUUCUUUGCGAGAAUUUCAGAUUAGCAUCCCAUUCCAUAGUUUUGAAGUAUAGCACCGUUCAUUCUUGGACAAUAAAAAUCAAGGUACGACCUACAGAAGCCAAGCAAUGGCAAAAGAUUCACUGCUUAUGGCAUUUGCAAAACCCAUGCCCUCCAGCAUACGUAUUUCUAGAUUCUAAAUAUGUGGUAGAGUACAGUGGUGCUGUUUGUACCUCUGUGAACAAGUAGGGCCUGUUGUGCAGCACUAUUGAUAUGUAUGCAUAUUGCCCAUUGGGCUGCCUCAAUAAAUACUGCUGAUAAACAGAUGUGUGUGUAUUUUUUCCACUAUUCCUGUUGUAUUUUAAGUCUAUUUAGUAUUUUUAUAAUAGCAUCUCAUUAUUCAAAUGAAAGAGACCAACAAAAAAAAAUAAUAAAUCUGUUUUAAGAUGCAGAAUCUCUUUUAAGAUCUAAUUUAAUAAAUCAGUUUUUAGAUGUAGCUCAUUUCAUGUUUCAUGGAUGGAUAUCUCCAAAAGGCAAAAGAAAAAAAAAUCAUGCUUUGUUUUAUUGAGCCUCUGAUGAGAAAAUGUAAAUCUAUAAUACUGAAUGGAAAGAAGACACUUGCAGAUAAUUGCAUAUCCUUAUCUUGAAUAAUGGGCUAAUGAUGGUCUCUUGCUGGUGCCUUCAGUUUAAUGUAAAAAAUUUCAGUAUUUGUGCAAUAUUGCGAGCAAUAUGUGCAAUUUUUAAAAUAUUACAAAAAAGAUUUUCUCAAAAACUGCUCCAAAUUUUUUUCUUUAAAUUUUUGGUAGGGAUAGUGCUAAAU